GGGAAUCCAUUUUGAUCUGAACAAUCCCGCAGCAGAACUCGAAAUGCCUGCUCCGUUAGCUAAAGGCCUUGUGAUCACUGUUACCAUCCUCCUUGCCGCUGGUUAUGCGGUAUACGAAAACCCGCAAGUGAAACAAUGGGUUCGAAAUUCCCGCCGGAGGAUUGCAAUAGCCCUGCACAAUCUUGGGGAUGAGAUUAAUCCUCAAGAACGUUCCACCGACCGCAGGCCGGCGGAGGACAUAUCUAUGAGUGAAGAACUGAGCGAGGAAGCUGAGGCUAGACGUCAGAAAGCCCGGUCUGAAAUCUCGCGACGAGCGUCGGUCCUUGAAGCAAGAAAAAAUAAGUCUGCUUUAGGUUCGGUUGGUAGCUUUGAUAAUCUUGUGGAUAAAGACGGGCGGCUCAAAGCGCCAUCCAAGCAUUGUCAACAGCCAUUGCUCAAGGAGGGCGAGUCGCAAGCACGAGCCUCAGGUGUCCAAGUUACAAAUUCGGAUACAGUUCAUCUGCGGCCUGCAGUGUUCUCUGAUCUGUCCAAUUCAAUAUCCGAGAUGGCUCCUGAGAAGGCUUUGGCUGAAUAUCGCCAGACAUUACUUAACGCUAUAGAUAGACCUCCCCACUCCUCAGAGACUUCCUCUCACCAUCCUUCGGAGUCUUUAGUUGAUCUUACCCCGACCUCGGAAGCUCCAGGCAUGGACUUUGCUUGGUCCGCACACAGCGAGAUACAGAGCCAUGGCCAGAGCCAGCAAGAAGACCCCACUUCACAAUCUAGCUAUUUCUCACUCGCCUCAUCACAGAAUACAGGGGAUGGCGAGCCGGACUUCUACUACGCACGGCCCCCUCAACCUGAUCAAAAUAUCGCAGCAAUGCAGCUUCCGCAAUACGAGAGCGAAAAUCCAUUCGUGGACCAGCAGGAAAGCCAUACUAUUCAAUCAGUCUCCUCAACGCCCUCAGUCGCGUCAAGCCUUAGUCAUAUCCAAAAUGAUCCCUUGGAGUCAAUGUCCGAUAGGACGCUGAGUGAUUUAGAAUCCAUCCAUGAAGGCAUACACACACCAGCGAGCUGGUCUGAAGUUGGCAGUGUGGUCAGUAGCAAUGACGGCAAUAAUCACCAGUGAAAAGGGUAUGUUAUGCGCAUUCUUUGGCUGGGAAUGUGGCUCCACUUUGUCUCCCGCUCUAAUACACACGAACUACGAAUUUUAGCUGCCUCUUUAUAUUAGGGAAAGGCCCAUGGGAAGUCUUGGCCAAUGGUGAUUUGACACUGUGCUUCAAUUUUCAAUUUUACUUCAUUUCUGUAUUUGUCUUUGGGGCAGCCUGUCAGCUAGGAGUAGUGGGCAUUCUUUUGCCUAAUCCGCUGGAAAAGCUGACCUCCUUAUCAUGAUGCCAAGUGAGGCAUGUACUGUACAUGUACCUUUGUUUUUGCGUUGUCUCUUUAUAGAAGCUAUUUGUUAUUUAUAAACGUUGGCGAAAUGAUGCGUUCAGCAUAUUUUACUGUUUCC